CUCCCACUAACCCGCUGAAGGAGCCCCGCCCACCUCGCGCCCUUGUGGGGCGGAGCCUUGGCGUCAAACUGUCGUCACUUCCAGCGGACCCGGAAGCGCCGCUGUCGGCCGGCUGUGGUAGUUAGGAAGUCACGAUGGGACCCAGUGCGGCGUAAACCCUUGGCGGACGGUGGGCCGAGGGGGCGGGCCCGGGCUGCGGUGGACCGGGACCUGCGGAGAGGGCGGAGCGGCUUCUUAGCCAGUGAGGGCGAAUCUGGGCUGUGUGCUCUGGUGGUGCCGGCGGCGCCCCGCCUACGCGACCGGACCCGCUCCCGCUCCCGCCCCCGCCGCCUGAGACCCGGCGGGCGCUUCUGCCAGACUUGUCCCCGGACCGCGUCGAGUCGCGGACCGCCCGGUGGAACUCGUGUGUGGCUUGUGGUCAGACAGCCCUUGUUGCUGCGUUCCAGCCCCAGCUCGCGUCUUCGCGGCCUUCUCCCGGGCUUCCCUAACGCUGACGUGGAGCAACCUGCUGGGAACCCCCAUGGAGAAGUUUGGGAUGAAUUUCGGGGGUGGCCCGAGCAAGAAGGACCUACUGGAAACCAUAGAGACGCAGAAGAAGCAGCUUCUCCAGUACCAAGCUCGGCUAAAGGAUGUGGUCCGCGCCUAUAAAAGCCUGCUUAAGGAGAAAGAGGCGCUAGAGGCCAGCAUCAAGGUGCUGUCGGUAUCCCACGAGGCCGAUGUAGGCCUUGCAGGUGUCCAGCCUUCAGGUCUCACCUUUCCUGACUCAGUGGAUGACCGAUGCUCCACUCACAGCGAGGAUAGCACUGGGACCGCCACCAGUUUAGAUACUGCAGCCAGUCUCACUAGCACCAAGGGCGAAUGUGGGGUAGAAGAUGACAGAUCAGCCCGUGGACCACCAGUUCCAAAGUCUGAAGAGGCCAGUGGAUCAGAGAGUGGCGUUAGCAGUAGCAGUGGGGAUGGGCUCUUUGCUGGUAGUGAGGUGGACAAAAGACUGCACCAGCUGAAGACUCAGUUGGCUACUUUGACCAGCGCCUUGGCCACAGUUACCCAGGAGAAAUCCCGUAUGGAGGCUUCUUAUUUGGCUGACAAGAAGAAGAUGAAACAGGACUUGGAGGAUGCCAAUAAAAAGGCAGAGGAGGAGAGGGACCGUCUGGAGGGAGAAUUGAAGGGGUUGCAGGAACAGAUAGCAGAAACCAAAGCCAGACUUAUAACUCAACAGCAUGAUCGGGCCCAAGAGCAGACUGACCAUGCCUUGAUGCUGCGUGAGCUCCAGAAAUUGCUGCAGGAGGAGAGGACACAGCGCCAGGAUUUGGAGCUUCGGUUAGAAGAGACCCGAGAAGCCCUGGCAGGGCGGGCAUAUGCUGCUGAUCAGAUGGAAGGAUUUGAACUGCAGACCAAGCAGCUGACUCGUGAAGUGGAGGAGCUGAAAGGUGAGCUGCAGGCCAUUCGAGAUGAGAGGAAUCAGCCAGAUCCCCGGCUGAAAGAGCUUCAGGAAGAGGCUGCCUGCCUUAAGAGCCACUUCCAGGCUCAGUUGCAGCAGGAAAUAAGGAAGACAGCCCUUGUAGAGGAUCAGCUCCGCCAGCAGUCUCAGGUGGAAGAGCAGAGAGUUGCAGCCCUAGAGAAUCAAAUAUCUGAGGUGUCUGAAUUGCUGGGCACUUAUGAGAAAGCCAAGCAGAAGGACCAGCUGACUAUCCAGAAGCUGAAGGAGCGCAUUCUGCAGCUGGACCUGGAGAACAAGACCCUGGCUCUUGCAGCCUCUAGUCGGUCCCCUCUAGAUAGCCAUGGAGAUGAGUCCAGUCUGGAUGUCAAUGUCCUCAAGGAUAAGAUGGAGAAGCUGAAGAGGCUGCUGCAGGUUGCAGCCAGGAAAAGCCAGGUGACCCUGGAUGUGGAGAAACUCUGUGACCUGGAGAUAAUGCCCAGCUCUGAGGCCGCGGAUGGGGAGAAGGCCACUGCACUCUACUACCAACAGGAGCUAAAACAACUGAAGGAAGAGUUUGAGCGCUAUAAGAUGAGGGCUCAGGUUGUGCUGAAGAGCAAAAAUACCAAAGAUGGGAAUCUGGCUAAAGAACUGGAGGCAGCACAGGAACAGCUUGCAGAGCUGAAGGAGAAGUAUAUCUCCCUGCGGUUGUCCUGUGAGGAGCUUGAGCGCCAGCACCAGCAGGAGGCUGAGGACUGGAAGCAGGAGCUGGCUCGGGUGCAGCAGCUUCACCGGCAGCAGAUGGAGCGCAGCCAGCUGGACUUCAGGGACCGAACGCUGAAACUGGAGGAGGAGCUGCACAAGCAGCGGGACCGGGCCCUUGCUGUGCUUGCUGAAAAGGACUUGGAGCUGGAGCAACUGCGUUCAGUGGCUUUGUCUGCUGGGUUACCAGGACGCAGAAGCCCUGUGGUCAGUGGGGUUUCCAGGGAUUCAACUGACACAUCUUCCCCAGAUAGCCUGACCCAAGCACUGCAGCUUGCAGCAGCCAAUGAGCCCACUUUCUUUCUGUAUGCUGAGCAGUUGGCCCGUAAGGAAGUGGAGAUCACAUCCCUGAGGAAGCAGAAGCACAGGCUGGAGGUAGAGACACACCAGCUGCAGGAUCGGCUGCUGGAGGAAGGGGAGCGGCAUCGAGAGGAGGUGGGAGCCUUGCAGAGCCACAUUGAAAAGAACAUCAGGGACCGGAGCAGGGAGGGAGCUAACCUAGAAUACCUCAAAAACAUCAUCUACCGCUUCCUGACCUUGCCUGACAGCCUGGGCCGCCAGCAGACUCUUACAGCCAUACUGACCAUCUUACACUUCAGUCCAGAGGAGAAACAAGUGAUAAUGAGGCUCCCAAGUGGUGGCAGCUGGUGGCCUUCUGGCAAGAGAUGAUACCAUUUUCACUAACACCUGAAAUCUCUGUGCCUCUUUUGUGUGGGAAUAGGCAGGUUCUGAUUGCUACUGCCUCUUGUGUUAUCAUUUACUUCUUCAUUGUGUUGAACUCCGAGGAGGAGUCUUCAAUGUGGGAUGGGAUUCUCUGCCAAAUGCCAUUAAUGCUGCUUUAUCCUGGGCCUAGGAGAUAUUGGAAAGUGUUGGGACAGCAUCUUCUGGGGGUGUGUAUGUGAGGGGAAGUGGAAGGUGAGAGAGAGGUUAGGACCAGAGGUGCAAGUCUGGGAAAGUGUUAAGAACUUUUAAAAUAAUAUGUUUUGUCUUAAUAUUAUGAUCCUAGUCCAGGGCUAGGAGUAAGUGUGACUCCAGAGGAGUUCAGUUAAUUUCUGAACAUGUACAGCGACUAGCUGUUCUCUCCAUCUCAUCACAGUCUGAGUCUGGUCCACUACUGCCCCGAUUCUCUGGGGACUUAAAGCCAGGCUGGAAAGUUUGUGACAGGUUUUGUCUAAGAGUCCAAAGGGCCAAGGAAUAGUGAGUUCAUCCUGGAACUGGAAAGUCUAAUCUAGAUAGGAAUGCAAUCUAGACAACACACCAUUUGUUGUCUAGAUCAACCUAGAGAGACCUGGAGAGGACUAUGAGCACUAGUUUGAUUAGAGAUUUUCUGAAUGACCAACUUUGGGCCAGGGCUGGGUUAAAAUAGACUUUUCUCCCUGGUCCCUGCCUUACUCUAUGUUGGACUGAGAUUUUGAGCAAAUAACUACUAUCUUCCCUUCAACGUUGUUAUUUUCAUUAAGAAAUAAAACCUAGCUUCUUACAGAUCCUGCUUGGAUAAAAGGGUUUCCUGCUAAGAGUUGCUUCCAGAUGUUUUUGCUUUUGUAGGGACAGGGAAGAGAUGUGCAGAAGAUUCCAAAAGAAUGCCAUGACCCUCACAGGAAAGUGGUAGAAGCUCAAUUGAUGCUGGGUUGGGUUACUUUCUUCCCAUUGGAUCUUGACAUAAAUAGAUUAAUUCUGCCCCUUAAAGAAAGAUGCCUUGUUAUUCAGGCAACGGAAAGGAGGCUCUCAGAAAACUUGGGUCCAAACAGUAACAACUCCCCAUUCUGCUCUCAUUGUAUAUAGAGGUCUUUGGACCUGAAAGACCAAUGGUUGGCUGCUAACUGGACUGAUAUAUAUGUAUUAUUUGGUCAUAAAGGCCUGUAUUGUGAGAGUUUGAGGUGUGCAAAACAGGUAACAAUGUUAUUAGUGGGAGGGCAAAUGACCUGGAUUAUCUACAGUGAGCAGAAGUGAUGUGUUCAAGUAAUGAUUAUAAACUAUGAAAUCAUUAAACCUGAGUCACUUAAUGUGUGUGUUCCUUUAUGGUGUCUAUGUAUCAGGGCACAAAGAGUAUGAAUAUAAAUGUGAAUGAAAAGCCUGGAAAUAGAGUUACUUCAUGAACUUAAAUCCAGGAAUGAAUAUCUCAGUGCUUUAAUGAACCACUUUAGCUGUAACACAGAUUUCUUGGCCUCAAAUUGUGUGUUUUUGGGUGUGAGCAGCUACAUUGGAAGAGGCUUUCUCCAGGGUUUAAUGGUCAGGCUUGAUGGUUACAAAAUUACUGCUUCGAAGUGUAGGAGUAAAGUUUUUUUGUUUUUUUUUUCCUCUAAGCAAGCUCUCUAUUACUGAGCUACAUCCCGAGCCCCUAGAAGUAAUCUCUCUAUGAAUGCUUUAUUACCCACACAAAUCAGAAUUUAUGAUAUCCCAGGAAAGUAUCUUAGGAUAUCAAGCUAAUAAUAAUAGAUUAUCUUCAUUUCCUUACCUUGCCCCCUCUGUAUCUGGGAUUGUUGUUAUUUCCAGGUAGUUGUGGUCAGAAUAGAAAAGAUCCAAAGUUAUGGCUGCUUUUCUAGAACUGAAUUCCUGUGCUUUUUGACUUUUAAAAUAAUAUCAACCAGGCAAAGAUUCAGUUUAAUUUCUGAUUAGUAGUUUUUAAAAAAAUAUAUUUUAGUUAUACAUGCACACAAAUAUCUUUAUCUUGUUUACUUAUUUUUAUGUGGUGCUGAGGAUUGAACCCAGUGCCUCACGUGUGCAAGGCAAGCUCUCUGCCACUGAGCUACAACCUCAGCCCUGAUUAAUAAUUUUUUGUUAGACAAAAUUAAUUUUAUUUUAAAAUAAAGAUUUUAAUUACUAUUAGUCUUAUAACUAAUAACUAGUAACAUUAAUAUAUACAUCCAAGUUUAGGCCAUUGGUUAUUUUUUAUUUUGUGUGGUAUUUUUUGUUUUUUUUUUAAAAAGACCAAAUAAAAAAUUUGGUACAUCAAAAUAUAAAAAUUGUCAGGUGCACUGGCAUAUGUCUGUAAUCCCAUCCACUCAGGAGGUAAAAGCAGGAAGGUUACAAGCUUAAGGCCAACCUGGGAAAUAGUGAGACCUGUCUCAAAAAAAAAAAAUUAAAAAAUUUUGAAAAAAGGAAUAAAAAGGAUUAGGGUAUAGCUUAGUGGUGGAUUGCCUGUGGGUUCUGUCCCCCAAUACCACAAAAACAAAACAACAUAAAAAUUGUACAUGUUAAUAAGGAUGCCAUGUGAUAAUUCUGUACAUGUAUGCUUUGUGUAAUGUUUAAAUUGGGUUAAACUUCUGUUUCCACAAACAUUUGUCAUUUCUUUGUGAUGUAAAGAUACAAAGUCUAGCUUUUUUAAAAAUAUACAGUAAAUGUAUAUGUAUAUUUA